AUGGUCAGACAAAGCUUUUCUGUAGACUUUCUUCUAACAGGGAAUAAAGAGGAGACACUGUCUGGUAAAGAGGCCUCAAGACCCCACAUCCCUUGUGUCCCACAGCCACAGCCUCCUUGCAAGUACUCCAAAAAGCCAAACCAACUCAAAAGGAAUGAACAACCAGAGCCUUCUGAGGAUACCAAGACCUUUAAGAACCUUUCAGAAGAGCAGGGCAAUUUUGUCCAAUGUGGUGUAUCUUCUACAACCACUCCAGACAAAGGUUGGGGAAGUGCAGAUGAAUCUACUCCCAGUUGUUCUGAGGAUGAGAGUGAGCCGGCUGGUUCUCACAGUCCAGGGAGCGGUCUCCAAGAAGAUGUGGACCAUGGGGGCACCAGUCCAAAAGGUGAAAUGCAGCGCAGAAUGAGAACGGCUUUCAGACCCCAGCAGAUCUGCAAGCUUGAAGAAAUGUUCAAGAAGCAGAGAUACCUGGGGGCAUCUGAGAGGAAUAAAUUAGCAAGUUCCCUUCAACUGUCUGAAAUCCAGGUCAAAACUUGGUUUCAGAAUCGAAGGAUGAAACUGAAGAGACAAAUGCAAGACCACCAACAUCGUCUGACCACAUCAUCUGUCUGCUACCCUCACCCUCUCCCAUACUAUCAUGGACCUCCAGUAUCCGUUAAUAAUUUGCCUUUCUACCAAGCACAGACCCAUUCAUAUCAAGCCCUGGAGCCUUCAUUUUCCACAGACCCAAGAUUCCUGAUUCCACCGGAGUGUCUGGAUUACGCAAAUUGA